UUAUUUCGGUGUUCUCUGAUUCCAAAGUUUCAACUGGGAAAACCAAAGAUGAUCGUCCCGCAAUACGACGACGAGGGUUAUCUACAAAUGUUUGAUCCUCUCAAUUUCCUGCUUUUCUUCGUUCAAAUAAUUUCACCUUACGAUUUACGAAAGCAUUGCUUUUGCGUUUGUUGCUCGGACAGCAUUUCCCAUGGAAUCUUCCAGGUUCCAUUUCAGAGAUCAUCAAGAAUUUCAGAGUUCGAUGCAUUCAGAGCCCAGCUCCUUCGUUUCUUCGGUUUCAAGUGACCGAGGGGAUAGCGAGCCUGAGAUUGAAUCAAUCACUGGACGGGGCAUCAAGCAUCUCUGUUCUGAACUUCUGGAGCUUAAGGCAGCGGCAAGUGAAGACUUGCAGUCAAACAUCUUAGCUAAUUAUUCAGCUUUUGUUAGAAUACCAAAGGAAGUGAAAAGAGUUGAAAAUGAACUUCUGCAACUAGAGAACCAUUUUAUAGCCCAUCAAAGACUAGUUAAGAAUCUUAUAGAUGACAUAUAUCCGAAGAUACUAUCAGAAGAGAUCAUAGAUUCAACCUUUAAAGAUACAAUAGAUGUUUUGCUAUCUUCUCCUAGCGAACUAGAAGUUCACAUUAAUGAUGUUUUAGAGAAGCUGGAUGUUUAUCUGUCUGAAAACCGGGUAGAUGAAGCAUUGGACCUCUUAGAAUCUUCAGAUGAAUAUUUUCAAAAUAUCCAUUUCGAAGACCAUUAUCCAGAGAGCGAGAUUACGUUAUACAAAUCUUUGAUUUCUAAGAGGAAAUCUACCCUUAUACAACAAUUGGCGCAGAUAGCUGAGAGUUCAAAAAUAGCGGGACUGGAGUUACACAAGGCGCUAGCUGGUAUUCGCAGGCUUGGGGAUAAUCAACUUUCUAUCAAUUUGUUGCUCAAACAUUACCAUUUGCGUAUUUCUACUAGAACUUAUGAGUUGCAGUGGUCAAAAUCAUCUUCCAAUGGGAUAUACAUAAGAGAAUUAGCAAGAUUUGUAUUUUCUACGAUUUCACAAGCGUCAAGGAGCUUUGUCAAAUUAUGUGGAGAAAAUUCUUCUUACGCCUCUGAACUUGAGCAGUGGACAUGCGAAGAAACAAAAUCAUUUAUCACUUGUUUGGAAAAAUAUGUUGAAGGCAUCUCAGAGAAAAGUGGUGGGUUGUCCAAUGCCAUAAAAGUUGUGCAGUAUGCAGUCUCAUACUGUUCUUUGUUAGAAAAUCACGACUUAGUGUUGCAUCCAUACUUGGUAAGGCAUCUAUGCCCCUGUAUGGAAGAGGUCUUGCAUAUACAUUUAAACCAUUUUAAGAAAGUGAUUGCUAUCUUCGCCGGCAGUGAUCCUUGGGUUCUAGAGAGAUAUCUUGUAUCUGGACUUUUUGAUGGAGGAUCGUCAUCUCAAGCUAUUGGGCAACAAUCGGAAUAUCGCCUACUAACUUCCAGCGGCCGGAAAUUCAUAACGCUAUUGCAGGCCAUCGUAGAAGAUAUAUCUCCCUUGAUUGGCCUUCAAAUGGGAAGUUUAGUCAUUGGUGGACUCACGAAACUCUUCUCAGAGUAUGUUGUUAUCCUUGAACAAGCACUCACAUAUAACACGAGUGUAAUAGAGAUAGAUACUUCUCGAAUUAAGCCGGCUGAGUCAGUGCCACAACAAGUUUCUAUUUUGGCAAGUCUGUCAACGUUAGUACAGUUUCUCAGUACCAUGGGUGAGAGUAUCUUUAGGGGCACCGUUGACAUAUAUUCAAACUCAUUGGAAAGCCAUUCAAUCGAUUGUCAGCAGACGCAGCUUGAUGAAUUUCUAUUGUUUAUAGAAAAGGGUUCUAAUAAGUUGAGACAUCAAUUCUGCCAGCAAAUCAUACUCAGAGCAUUGUCUAUUCAUUGGAGCCAUGAAAUUACUCUAGCUAGUCACGAUGAUGAACAGGGUGAUGCUAACACAGUCCACAAUCCAAUGCCCUCUAGUGUUCUUCAGAUUUUAUUUCUAGAACUAAGGAAAUUGGAACAACUUGCUGAAGGAAACAUUUUGAAAGCGGAUUGGUUGAUGGGCUUAAUAAGAGAGAUGAUGGAGUCCAUCUUUAUUUGGGUUUCCCAAAACAAAAACAUUAUUAGAAAUGCAGAAGAGAAUGCGAGUUCAGAACAUGAUGACUCCAAGCAGUUUGUUCUGGAUGUGCAAUUCCUAAUGGAAAUUGCAAUGUACGGAGGAUACUUUUCCGAUGACCCCUUGGCACUUCUCUCUCUCAUGAAAUCAACCUUUCUUUCAGCAGGACUCGACCCUUUCAAAGAUGUUGAUGACGACGGAUGGACGAUUGAUGCUUCUACCCAGACGAUUGAAAUGCUGCUAGAGAUUGAAAAAACAAAACUUCUCCCUAAGGAGCACGCAGUUGCAAUCGAAGAGGCAUUGGAUGAGGACGGCCGAUCUGCACAGGCUGGUAUUGGUGUUAUUUCUCAGGAAGACGAUUCACGUUCUUCAGGGAACGGCAUAUUUGCAGAGGAAGAUGACGUCACCGAAGAUGAGUCAGAAAUUGUUACGGAUUCAGAAUCAUUAGGUCAAGUAGAAGGGAAUAGAGAUAGUGUUGAUAAAAACACUCGCACUGAAUUGGAGGAUAACAAAUAUGAAAGGGAAUCUAAUGCAGAACAUGAUGGAAUAAUGGAACCGAUUAAUGGGACCGACAUUGGGAUGCGAGGGACUGAAGAUUCUAUUAGGAAAGGGGGUUAAGAGGACGGAGAUGGUGUUGAGCUUGAUUUGAUGUUCAAUAAGAUUGUGGCAGGGAUUUAAUGCGGCGAUGCAGAGGCUCCAAUAGAAGCUAUAACUUGAUGAGUUGGUAGACGAUAGGAAUAAGGACGAGGAACACCAAUCGCAAAUUUGCUCUAAAUUCGUUUUCCUUAGCUCAUUUAAACCAGUUUCUUCCAGAACAUUAAUAAUAUUAGUGGAUACAGUUUUGUUAUUUCUACAUUUAAUGCUCAGACGCCAUUUAUUA